AUGAACAAAGAUCAAUGCGACGACAUUGUAACCACUGUGAAUGACCCACUUGACCUAACUGGCAUGGCACUUAGCGCUGGAUCACAGAAAUUGUUCUAUAUGAACAUUAGAAACACCACAACUACCCCAAAACAACGAAGACGUACCAGAAUGAACCUAGCAAUGACCCAAUACACCAUAUUCAACAUCAAUGGAGAGACCCCAACCAGCGCGCAAGUCUGGAAAAACAUACGAGGCUUCCUUUGGAAGAGCCUACAUGGCACGUAUAAAAUUGGGGAAUUCUGGGAUAAGAUCCCAAACUGGGAGCACAGAGGAAAUUGCGGACUAUGUGGUGCUCUGGAAUUGAUGGAACAUAUCCUAAUUGAGUGUGAAUCUCCCGCGUCACGCACGAUCUGGAGAGCGGCAAAGGAUCUAUGGCACAAACGUGAGUCUAACUGGCCAGACAUCAGAUUUGGGACAAUAUUAGGCUGCAACCUAGCCACCUUCCGAAAUGCGAAAGGAAAAAAGAAAUUGGGCUCAAUAAGACUAUUCAAGAUACUAGUACUAGAAUCUGCUCACCUUAUAUGGAAGCUCCGCUGCGAAAGAACCAUCAAGUUCGGCGGAGACAAAGAUAAGUACCACUCCAAGACAGAGAUCCUAAACAGAUGGAUCCAUGCCAUGAACAUGAGGUUGAAAUUUGACUGGCUGCUCACCAACUCCAUGAGAUACGGGAAAAAAGCUCUUAAAAUAGAGAUGGUCCUACAGACCUGGAGCAGCGUACUACAGAAUGAAGACAAUCUUCCGGACAAUUGGAUCCGGAAAUCAGAGGUUUUAGUGGGUAUGGCGCCUCGCCAUCCUCCAGGACGGAACAGGUAA